UGCUGCUAUCGGCAUCUACGGCAGUCGUUCGGGAACAACCUUCGGUGUGCAACAGGUUGCUGGAUACAAUAUUUCCGUUGGUUUUUCCUAAGGAUGAAAAUGUGCAACAGGAAGUGAAAAGUUGUAGACACAAUCCAAAAUUAUCAGUUUUUUGAUAGAGUUAGCUUAUUUCCGUUAUUUGAGCAAAGUGUGAGACGUUCAUCGUGAAAAACUGACGGGAUUAAAAUGGCGAAUCACUCAGGCACAUGCAUUUGUAUUAUUUUGAUCUACUGCGUGCUGUGGGUGACCUGUUCAUUCUCCUGUGAUUCCUGUGGACGAGAGUGUACCUCGGCAUGCGGCACCCGUCACUUCCGAACCUGCUGCUUCAACUAUCUGCGAAAACGCAGCCCAGUUCCCCCGAUAGCACCACCACCGCCAUCGUCCCAAAACGCGCCCCAUGGAUUCGAUCUGAACGCUUGGCUGGCAAAAUCGCGCUUGGAUCAAGCAGAACAUCAUCGUGGUUUUUCACAGCCUUCGAAUGAUUUGGAUUUACUGCUACAGAACAGAAACAUUCCCCGGGAAAUGAUAGACAACGAUAUCGAUUAUGAUCCUCAGGAUGGCACUCAUGGAUUGAAUCGGGUCGAAACGGAAAACAGCAAACGAAAUUUAGUCGUUGCUAGCCACAGCAGACACUUUGGUAAAUACCGACGCCAAAAAAUGGCGGAUGAUCAAGAUGCAGAGCAGAAAGCGAGCGAAAACUCCGAACCGGGAAGACUUCAGCUGCUGUAUGAUGCUUAAAACCUCACAACGUCGAUCAAUUCAUUCUCGUUCGAACGUCGUGAUUGGCUCCAAAGGCUGGGUUGAGCCAAGCAUAACGAUCGAACCCGUACUUCCCCUCAACUCAUCUGCCAAAAGCAUCCCAAACUAUUGGGAGCUAAAAAUCAGGUAUAGCAAAGAGAAAUGUCAAUCAACCCCGUAACGAGGAAGCGCCCACUGACUCCACAAAAACAGCUUCUCCAGAUAAAAUGUUGCUGUGCAUGAUAAACUGUGUAAAAAAGUUGUUCGAUUGUUAAUGUUAUACAAUUAAACGCAAGAAAUGCAAAUAAAAUGAAAAAUUUUCGUAUUAGAAUACGAUAAGCACAAA